AAAAACUUGGUUUAGCGAAGUAGUAAACAUAGUUUCAAGUAGAAAAAGAUCUAAAAUAAUCGCCGAAAUGUGCGAUAAAUGGGAUUAUGUACUUAUAUUUAAAAAAAUAAAAGUUAAGAAGGAAACGGAAGAAUAUCUGGAAUUAACACAGAGAUUCGAAGCAGCGGUAAAUGAUGUUCUAGCUGGAAGAGAUGAGCAAUCGGUCGCUAUAAAUUAUGAACUUGAUUUUGAGACAUUGUGUGACGAGGUACAUCGCUUCAAAAAUUCUAAGGCGAAGAUGUAUGAGUACAAUGGAACCGGAAGAAUUUUCUCAUUCAAGGAGGAAAUGCUGUUAUUGAAGAUCUUGGCGACGAUUUCGCAACCCUAUUGCACAUGUCAAACCUGCACAUUAGAACGACUGCCGUAUAUGGCUUAUCAUGUAGCCCAAGAGAAAAAUAAGAUAUAUCCGCGUGACUGGGAUGUAAAUCAGCGAGCGGGAAAAGUAUGGCAGAUGAAUUUCGAAAUAGAAUAUGAAUAUGAGAUCUCGAACUCAUUUCCGCUUAUGUGCAAGUUAACACAAAACAUCCGAGCAAAGUAA